UGCCAGAGUCUGCAUAAAUGAUCCGAGAGUCAAGAGGAGGCUCUGAAUCAGCUGAGAGUUUUGCGCGGACCUGGUUCUGAUGUGGUCCAGUAGGAAGAGGCUCAUCAGGCUCUACAGGAGAUUUUCAAACAGUCCUCACGACUUCAUUCCUGGUUUUGAGUCUGUAUAUUUUGGAAUAAUCAGGAUAAACUCUCAGAAGAAAGGUGAGUGUGUGUGUGCCUGCCUGCCUGGCUGGCUGCUUGAGCUCUGACAGAAGACCUCAAAAAAGUGUCUCCCCCCACGUCACUUGGUGACAUGCUCUGAUUCAUCAACACAUAAGUACGACUGUCCUCAUCAAGUCGACUGAGAGAGAGAGAUGAGAGUGAAUAAUUCAAAAUACCUGAGCGUCUGAUGCCUUAACACACAUUUACCGGAUGUUUGAGCUGAAAGCAGAGGCAUCCAUUCAUCAUUAGUGGCGUUCUAAGUUUGGAGGCAGUGGUGAUUUCCACGCACAUGUCAGUGGUUUAAUUUUGUCUGAAGGGAUGCAAAGCGGAGACUUAAAGUGAAUGAUGAGAGCACUAAUGGAGAGACAAAGGCUGCUUCAUGAGACAAGAGAGAUGUCAUGAAGCGGAGGGAUUCAGUCAGAUAACCUGAGAUCAUAAAAGACUCCUCAUCAUCAUAAAUUCUGCCAAUUCUGAGGCCCUAAAGAAGUUCUGUCUUGAAUAUUUCACUGUACACUUCCUGGACUGUCAUGGAUUCCCACAGCGGUCCCUAUCUCAACCAUAAGGCUCUCUGCUCACCUCUGGGUGCAGCCCGGCUAUGUCAGUUAGCUUUGGGCUGUGCUGUGAUCGCGAUGGUGACCCACACUGCUGGCUACAGUGGCUCACACGGCGUGUUCUGCAUGGCGGCAUGGUGUUUUUGCUUCGCCAUGUCAGUGCUGGUGUUCUUCCUGGAUGCAACUCGUCUCUACAGCUACCUGCCCGUAUCCUGGGACAACCUCACAGUCACGUGUGCUGCCUUUGCAACGCUCAUGUAUGUGACGGCCUCUGUUGUUUACCCUCUGUUCUUUGUGCAAUCCGAGUGCCCUUACGCUGGCUGUGAUGUCAGAAAUUUCCGCAUUGCCGUCACCGUCUGCUCCAUCCUGGGGACUCUGGCCUACGGGGCGGAAGUGGCCUUGUGCAGAGCAAGACCAGGCCAGAUUGUGACGGGUUAUAUGGCCACAGUGUCCGGCCUUCUCAAAGUUGUUCAGGGCUUUGUAGCCUGCAUCAUCUUUGGUGCACUGGCCAACCGGAGUCAGUAUUCCCAGUAUGCAGGCACAAUCUACUGUGUUGUUGUCUAUGCUUUCUGUUUUGCUCUCACAGCACUGGUGAUCAUAAUGACUGUAUGCAAGCGGACCAAGGCUGUGUGCUGCAUGCCCUUUGACCGCUUUGUGGUAGUGUGCACCCUCCUCGAAGUACUGCUCUACCUGAGUGCAUCAGUGGUGUGGCCAGUGUUCUGCUUUGACACAAAAUACGGCUCCCCAUGGAGACCGUCGUCCUGUCCACAGGGGAAGUGUCCGUGGGACAGCAAGGUUGUGGUGGCCGUGUUUUCCUUCGUCAACUUUGGACUGUAUUUGGCUGACCUGAUCUAUUCCCAGAGGAUAAGAUUCGUCUCCUCACAUAGGCCCAGUAACUCGCGGGCCUAGCAAUCCUUAUUUGGCAUUGGUUUAAGUUAUUUAUUUGCCUCAGUUUAUGAUUUUUAAUAUUUAAAACUAUAGAAAAGGUAAAUUUGUAAUGCACAAGUUUCCCAACCCAGGUGCUGCACUUACUCUGCUGCUGAGACAUCAUGAAUUUGAACUGAAAGCACUCUUGUGGAAUUUCACUGCCACACCCUACCAUGGCAAAACUGACCCCUUCUUUCUUAGGAGCCAGCCUUACCCAGACAGUCUGGACCCAGUGUAUGUCCUGCCGAAUCCUCAAAAUACAAGACACUCCCACUAUUCUUGACCUGUGACACAACACACACUUCCUUUCUACUUGUAUUUUUGGUCAAAUAAUACAUAAAAGUCUUGAAUAUAAAUAGCAAACCUGGUUUUGGCAUCCAUGGCAUCCCUGUCAUCUGCGAACCCCACACCAACAAUCUACGGACUCAGGCUGCCAAAAAUAAACACGAGCCGUCUGCACUCAUAGUAAAGCCAUGACACAGCAUUUAUAAGAGGCUGGUGUCUUUAAAGCCUCUCUAUGAAAUGCUUUCCUCAGUCUAUGCAGAUGAGGAGAAAAUUAUCAGCCGCCCUGUAAGAUUUAAAGUUUUUGUCAAAAUUUUCCCAAGCGCCUUUUUUAACAGAGCAGGGGAUUUUCCGCAUAGCUUUUCUAAACAAACUAGUUUUCUUAAGAAAGCGUAGAUUAUUUCUGUUUGCACCCAAUAACGAAAUUAUUUCAGAAAAUAACAAAGAAUUACCAAAAUCAAUUUACACAGAGUAUUAAAGCCUCAGCAGUGUUUGAGCUGUUGCUUGAGAAAGCAUCAUGCCAAAAGCCAAAAGAAAUCAGUUUAGACUUGAGAAAAAGAAUCGCCGAUGCAAAGCAUGGCAUGACUAUACAAAGUUAUUACAGCAUUUCAAGAACUGGAGAGAGAGGUAUCGUGAAGAAGGUCAAAGAGAGCCACAGAGAACAGAACAAGCAAUACUCUGGAAAGAAAAUGUGAUGUGAUGUUUAAAGAUCCCAGAAACACUGCCAAGACACUAUCGAAUGACUUAGCCAAUUCUGGAUGCUAUUGCAGUCACUAGGACUCAGCACCCCUGGACUGUGAGAUUGCAGAAGAGCUCCACUUCUGCAAAAGAAACACCUUCAAGCCAGACUGAAGUACGCUAAUGACAACCUGGAGAAACACUGGAGGCGCAUCCUUUGGUCAGCUGACACAAAACUAGGGCCACAGACAGACACAGCUUAUGUUUGGAGAAAGACUUGGAGAAGACCGUCCCCACAGUGAAACAUGCUGCUGGGCGUAUUAUCCUAUGUAGCUGCCUCCGUUUAUCUUAAACUGGGAAUCUCUACGCACCAAGGGACACUAUGAGCAUGGUCAGGGUGGCCAAGAAGUGUUUAUACAGUCUCACUGAUUAAUCACAUGUAACUCAAUAUGUGUGCUUAUUUUGCUUUUUCUUGUGUUCUGUCACAUAUGUACACAUUGUUAUGUUACAUAUAUUGUUAUGAUGGUGGAUGCUCAUGUUAAACAUAGCCAGGAUUCAAAUAAUGAGGUCAAAGUAUGUAAAAAGCCAAGUUUCAGACAUCUUUUUUCUACUCUUGGGUCUGAAUGAUGUCAUAGAGAGUGUAUAUGAAUAUUAUGGCCAUCUUGGGCACAGAGCUCUGGCUUCAAAUGAACUGUUUGUAAGGGGUAGCUAAGCCCCCAGUAUAUGGUAAGCUGUGAAUAAUGCAAAGUUACUCUAGUUAAUAUUAUGGAGAUGGAAAUGAACAUAAUAGAUCCUGUUUAACUGAUAGUUAAAAGGGUUGUACUAUCCUUAUUAAAAAUGACCUGUGUGAUAAUCCUUGUAAACCGUAUUGAGACACUAUGUGAUUUUACAUUCAAAUAAACUCAGAUUUGUUGAUUUAAAGUUUCUGUAAUAACGUAU